AGGCUGGACGUUAGGGAAUUUACUGUGGUAUAUAAGCACUUGGAUUGUGCAUAUAACGAAAGUUAAUUGGAGUUGCAUCAGAAAUAGUACUAGCGACGGCGUUAAGCUCAGCUCACAUUUUAUUGAACUGAUAUAUGUUGUGUUGUGAAGGCCAGAACUAGAAACCGAAGAGAUCUAAACAUGUCACAACCUUGUAAAUGCUGUGGCCAUAAAACACAAGAGACAAAUUUGCAGCAUCUUGGUAAAAGAAUAUGUGCAAACAGUGAUAAGCUAGGAGGAAAAAAUCCCUCAAUAUAUAAGUUACGUCUUCAAAAGCAUGGAUCUGGAAGACGAUAUAGUUUUGGAAUGAAGACAAACAGAAACUUUCAAAGCAAGACAAUAAUGGUUCUUGGUGCAACUGGAGCAGGGAAAAGCAUGCUUAUCAAUGGGAUGAUAAAUUAUAUCUUGGGAGUUGAAUGGAAAGAUGAUUUUAGAUUUAAGUUAAUAGAUGAAGGUACUGCCAAAUCACAGACUGAAAGUCAAACCUCUCACAUAACUGCAUAUGAAAUCAAGCAUCAAAAAGGAUUUAAAGUUCCAUACUCAGUCAUCAUUAUUGAUACGCCAGGGUUUGGGGACACCAAAGGAAUAACUCGAGACAAAGCAAUCACUGACCAGAUACGUGAAUUUCUUUCUUAUCCAGACGGUGUAGAUUCCAUAGAUGCAGUAUGUUUUGUUACCCAGGCUUCACUAGCACGUUUGACACAUUCUCAGAAGUACAUAUUUGAUUCUGUUCUUUCUAUUUUUGGAAAUGACAUAAAGGAAAAUAUACUAAUGAUGAUCACAUUUGCAGACAGUCAAAAGCCCCCUGUUUUAGAAGCUAUCGCAGUUUCUGGGAUACCCUGUCCAAAAGAUAAAAAAGGAGAUCCAGUUCAUUUCAAAUUCAAUAAUUCUGCAUUAUUUGCUAAUAAUUUAUCAAACAGAGAAUCUGGUGAUGGUGAUGAUGAAAGUGAAGAUGAAAACUUUGACAGCAUGUUCUGGAGGAUGGGAAUGAGUAGCAUGAAAAACUUCUUCAGUUCAUUAAACCGAUUGGAAUCUUGCAGUUUGCUCCUAACUAAAGAAGUUCUGAAAGAACGUAAACAACUUGAAGCUGCUGUUGAGGGGUUACAACCUCAGAUCCAAGCUGGCUUAGUAAAGGUGGAAGAGCUCAGGAAGACACAGCAGAUAUUGGAGCAACAUGAAGCUGAAAUAGAAGCACACAAAGACUUUGAGUUUGAAGUUGAGAUAAUAGUGCCUCGACAGAAAGACAUCACUAAGACUGGCAAUUACAUAACAAAUUGUCAGAAAUGUCAUUUUACAUGUCAUUAUCCAUGUAGGAUUCCUAAUGAUGAUGGUAAAUCUGAAUGUAAUGCUAUGGACCAUUCUGGAAAAUGUAAGGUUUGCCCAGGUAAAUGCAUUUGGAAUGUUCAUUUUAACCAAAAGUAUGGGUGGGAAUAUGUGUCUCAAACAGAGAAGAGAACAGCUCAAGAAAUAAAAGCUAAGUAUGAAAAGGCUAAUGGAGGCAAACUGUCAGCUCAGCAAUUGUUUCAAAAUCUUGAAGAUGAGUUUCUUGAAGUUCAAGAUAAAGUAUUAGAGCUUAUUGAGAAAUCAUCAGCGUGCAUUAAGCGUUUGGAAGAAAUUGCAUUAAAACUCAACCCACUUUCUACCCCAGAGUACAUUGAUUUGCUCAUUGCAACAGAAAAAGAAGAGAGAAAACCUGGAUUCAUGACACGGAUUGAAUCAUUAAAUCAGGUGAAAGAACAAGCAGUGCUGAUGACAAAAGUUGCCAAUAAAGAAGAUUUGCUUCCUAAAGAAUGGGAACAAUACAGAGAAGUACAGAAAAGGAAAAAAGGAAUCAAAGAUCACAUUAUAGACUUUCUAACAAGUUGGAAAAUCUAAGUGUGUGUGUGUGUGUGUGUGUGUGUGUGUGUGUG